AUUGUCCAAAAGAUCGACCAACAUUAACAACUUUAAAUUUCUUGACAAGUUUUUAGAGUUCGAAACCUUUAAAUCUCUUUUCUUUAUAUUUUUGGAAUCGAAUUUGAAAGAGCAACAACAACAACAAAAAAUGGGUGUUAGAGAGAAAGAUCCAUUAGCUCAAUUGAGUUUACCACCGGGCUUUAGAUUUUAUCCAACAGAUGAAGAGCUUCUUGUUCAGUAUCUUUGUCGGAAAGUUGCAGGCUAUCAUUUCUCUCUCCAGGUCAUCGGAGACAUCGAUCUCUACAAGUUCGAUCCUUGGGAUUUGCCAAGUAAAGCCUUGUUUGGAGAAAAGGAAUGGUAUUUUUUUAGCCCGAGAGAUCGGAAAUAUCCGAACGGGUCAAGACCCAAUAGAGUAGCUGGGUCGGGUUAUUGGAAAGCGACGGGUACUGACAAGAUCAUCACGGCGGAUGGUCGCCGUGUCGGUAUUAAAAAAGCUCUGGUCUUUUACGCCGGUAAAGCUCCCAAAGGCACGAAAACCAACUGGAUUAUGCACGAGUAUCGCUUAAUCGAGCAUUCUCGUAGCCAUGGAAGCUCCAAGUUGGACGAUUGGGUUUUGUGUCGAAUUUACAAGAAAACAUCUGGAUCCCAGAGACAAGCUGCUGCUGCUGCUGCUACUCCGGUUCGUGAAGAGUAUAGCACUAACGGGUCGUCUUCGUCUUCGUCGUCUCAGCUUGACGACGUUCUUGACUCGUUCCCGGAGAUAAAAGACCAGUCUUUCAACCUUCCUCGGAUGAACUCGCUCAGGACGCUUCUUAACGGGAACUUCGAUUGGGCUAGCUUGGCAGGUCUUCAUCCAAUCCCGGAGCUAGCUCCGACCAACGGAUUACCGAGUUACGGUGGUUACGACGCGUUUAGAGCGACGGAGGGAGAGGCGGAGAGCGGAUUGAGGAACUCGCAUGCUGAUCGACAGCAGAACUCGGGCGGGUUGUCUCAGAGUCUCGGAUAUAGCUCGAGCGGGUUUGGUGUUUCGGGUCAAACAUUCGAGUUUAGGCAAUGAGAGAGAGAAGAGACAAGAGAGACAUGUGCUGUAAUUUACUGUGAUUCAGAUGGGUGAAAAGGUUAAAAUCCUUGAAGAUGUGGGUAAGACUGGCUGUAAAUAAAAUAGGGAUUUAUAUAUGGGCUUUUACCGAUUCGGUGAGGCUUAGGACUUCACUAAAAGGAAAGGCUUGGGUGAUCCAACUUUUUGACGGGCCACAAACUUUGUGACGGGCCACAAGACGUUGAAUUAUUUAUUUCUCAAUGGAGAAAAAAAUAAAUGGUUACUAAUGCGUCCUUUUUAUGUGUUGUU